CAUCUGCAGGGCUACAGGGAACAGGCAGUUCUGUUUUGACAGCCACUGAUCAAGACUGAAUCAGGGGUCAGAGCAGAAACUAUUUUUCCAGGAAUAAGGGUGGAACACUUUAACUGGAUUUGUGAAAUAAAUAAAUCUACAAUGGGUGCUUGGACAAGAAUCAUAUUCAGUUUACAGUUAAUUUUACAACUCUUUGAUACAGUGAAAACUCAAGGAAUUGUUUAUGAUCUUCUGGUGUCACCGGAUUGCUUACCUGACCUUCUGCAAGGAGGAAUAAAGGCAACGAACAUGGACAAUGUUUUUAUCCUUGCAAGCCUGCAGCUGCAGAACAAAGCUCCGACACGUGUCUUCCGCAUCUUCAAUGCUUUAGACAACACAGAUUAUUUUGAUUUCACCGUUCAGGGGAAACUCGACAAAGUCAUUUUGAAAUAUCUAAAAAGCAAUGGAAAGAUUGGAACAACCAAUUUCGGUAAAGUGCCACUGACAGAUGGUCAGCAACACCACAUACUGCUCCACUUCAGCGGGCUGCAGGGCACCCCCACCACGGCACUCUAUGUGGACUGCAAGCUGGUGGAGAGAGUGCAGGACGUGCCGCAGGCCUUCAAAUCACUGCCGCAGGGCCCAAAACAAGUCACACUCAAGACCCUGCCAACCUCAUCCCAGGAUAAGCUGUCAGACCUCAGACUUGUGCUUGAUGAGUCUAUUGAAAAUGUGGUAGAGCUUCAGGACUGCAGCAGUGCAGUGCAGAGCGAGCAGAGGGAAACACUGCAACUACUAGGAACAACUUCAAAAAUGGAAGCUGGCCCAAUGUUUGAGCUCAUGCGAAUGAUCCAAGAGUUAAAACAGAAGGUCGAUCAGCAGACCAAAGAAACUGCUGACCUGAGAAAGACUAUCAUGGAGUGUGUUGAGUGCACUGGAUGGGCCAAAGCAGGACUACAGGAUACAAAGCAAUCCAAGUGCGUGCCAGGGGUCUGUUUUAAGCUGGACAUGUGUAUCCAAACAGCUGAAGGAGUGGAAUGUGCACCCUGUCCUGAGGGCUACGCUGGAGAUGGAGUCCAAUGUGAUGACGUAGAUGAGUGCCAGUUCAACCCAUGUUUCUCUGGUGUACGGUGUAUUAACACUGUGCCAGGGUUCAGAUGUGAGAAGUGUCCACGAGACUUCACUGGCCCAGAGAUCCAGGGUGUGGGCGUUCACUAUGCUCAGACAAACAAACAAAUGUGUAAUGAUAUUGAUGAGUGCCAGGUGGAUAAUGGUGGCUGCACACCCAAUUCGUACUGCCAUAACACAGUGGGUGCGUUUCACUGUGGGAUCUGCAAGACUGGAUUCACAGGUGACCAGAAUAGUGGCUGCAGAAGUACUGGCCUGGAUCCUGCUCCUCUAACCGACAGGCUGUGUGGGAAAGGCCAGCCAAAUCCAUGUGACAUCAACGCAGAGUGUGUUGUGGAGAGAGAUGGGAGCAUCAGUUGUUCGUGCAAAAUUGGCUGGGCAGGAAACGGCUACGUCUGUGGAAAGGACACAGACAUUGAUGCUUAUCCAGAUAUCAAAAUUCAGUGCAGAGAUGGAACCUGCAAGAAGGAUAACUGCAUGUUUGUUCCAAACUCGGGCCAAGAAGACGCAGACAGAGAUGGGAAGGGAGAUGCCUGUGAUGCGGAUGCAGACAGUGAUGGCAUCUUCAAUGAUCAGGACAACUGCUGGUUGGUUCCUAACAUAGACCAGAAGAACAGUGAUAAAGAUCUCCAUGGUGAUGCUUGUGAUAAUUGCGUAAACGUGGAGAACCCGGACCAGCGGGACUCAGACAAGGACGGACUGGGAGAUGCCUGUGAUGAUGACAUAGACGGGGAUGGUUUGAAGAACAUCCUGGAUAACUGUCAGAGAGUUCCCAACCCUGACCAGAAGGACAAAGAUAAUGACGGUGUUGGUGAUGCAUGUGACAGCUGCCCUGAGGUGCCAAACCCCAACCAGUCUGAUGUUGACGAUGAUCUCGUUGGAGACACUUGUGACACAAACAUUGACAGUGAUGGAGAUGGUCAUCAGAACACCAAAGACAACUGCCCCACCAUCAUUAACAGCUCACAGCUGGACACUGAUAAGGACGGGCUUGGAGACGAGUGUGAUGAUGACGAUGAUAAUGAUGGCAUCUUGGAUGGUCAAGAUAAUUGUAGACUGGUGCCAAACCCAGACCAAAAAGAUGAAAACAAUGAUGGGGUGGGUGACACCUGCACUGGAGACUUUGACAAAGAUCAUGUGAUAGACACAAUCGACACCUGCCCUGAGAACGCAGAGAUCACUCUGACCGACUUCAGAGCCUAUCAGACCGUGGUUCUGGAUCCAGAGGGAGAGGCUCAGAUCGACCCCAACUGGGUUGUUCUUAAUCAGGGAAUGGAGAUUGUCCAAACCAUGAACAGUGACCCAGGACUAGCUGUCGGAUAUACAGCAUUCAGUGGCGUGGACUUUGAGGGCACCUUCCAUGUGAAUACAGUGACCGAUGACGACUACGCAGGCUUCAUCUUCGGCUACCAGGAUUCCUCCAGCUUCUAUGUGGUGAUGUGGAAGCAGACGGAGCAGACGUACUGGCAGGCGGUGCCCUUUAGAGCCGUGGCUGAGCCUGGCAUUCAGCUUAAGGCCGUGAAGUCUAAAACCGGGCCAGGGGAGUUCCUGAGGAAUUCACUGUGGCACACUGGAGACACAAACGAUCAGGUGCGUUUGCUGUGGAAAGACCCUCGUAAUGUGGGCUGGAAGGACAAGGUGUCCUACCGCUGGAAUCUGAAGCACAGACCCCAAGUGGGAUACAUCAGAGUAAAGUUCUAUGAAGGUACCGACUUGGUUGCGGACUCUGGAGUUGUUAUUGACACUAGUAUGAGAGGAGGCCGUCUUGGGGUGUUCUGCUUUUCACAGGAAAACAUCAUCUGGUCCAACCUGAGAUACCGCUGUAAUGACACAAUUCCUGAAGACUAUACAGAACAAGCCCAGCAGUAAUGAAACUAAGCGGAGAUGAAAGAGGAGAGCACUAUUAGUGUUAAAACACGAUGUGACUGAUGUUUUGGGUACUCAUCUUUCCAAUUAAUUAUGGACCAUUUACUGGCUUUUGCAUCAAGACAUAUACAGGUUUAUAGUUAUGCUGAAUUUACACUUCUGUAAUGUUUACUACACAAAAAUGCAGUUCAGCCAGAAAGAGCAAAGCCUGUGUGCUACUACAUUAAACACUCACUAAAGGUUUUAAUAUUAAUAAAGUGGACAAAUACAUUUAAAUUGUCAGGAUUUGUGCUUGGACUUGCUGGACAAUGUCAUAGACUUGUAAUUUUAAAGUCAUAGUUUAAAACAAACAUACAAAUGGUCCAUACAACUUGUCCUGUAUAUUGUACGUUUUCUGUGAGGCUUUGUGUGAGGAACCGACUGAUAUUUAACAUUGACUGGUUUUAUUUUGUAAGCCCCAUGAAGGUUGUUUCACCCUAAAUUACACCUCUAAUUGUAUACAGUUCAGUCUCAUUUUCAUAUAGUACAUGUGUUAGUUGUCUCCGUUCUGUGACUACAAAUGACAAAACUUUCAUAUAUAAAACAUAAAAAAAAAAUUUAAUAGACUACACCAUUUUAUUCAUUUGUCUUUUUAUUGAAAGAACUGGCAAUAUCAAUAAAAACACUAAAAAGAAUAUUCAUCCUGCAACAGUUAAACUCAUAUGACCCUUCAUGGAACGUAUUGAAAUGAGAAAACGUUAAUAAUAAUAAUAAAGAAAAUUCAAGGCAUAUAAAUGGGAAAAAAAAAAAAAAAAGAGUUGUUUGUAAACUUACUGUACAUAUUUUUGGAUUAUAAUGUCUCCCAUGUGAAAUUAGAACAACACAAAGCGCAAGAUUACAUUUUUUGCAAUAUUAUGAGUACACCUAGUGGUCAUCUUUACAAUGGACUAUUUACAUAAAGCACAUCUUUGUAAAUAAAGGAAAGCAUAAUGUUUAAUUCAGACAAACACUUUUAAACUAAAUACUGAGCAACAAAUAAGGGUUGCAUAAAACAGUAUGCUUUUAACUUAAUGCAGCUGUAUCAUGUAGCAUUUAAGUCAACUAUUUGCUAAUUUUGAUUUGUAUAAACAAGCUCUUUUUUUUUUAUCACCAGACAGAUUCUUCAGCUUUAGGAGAAGUUGUUCAGAUCACAAACCGAAAGUAAAGCCGUGCCAGCUCCAAUUGUAGUAAAAGAGAUUUUGGUUCGUCAAAGCAUUUAGGACAGCUACAACUGCUACACAGGAAAUAACCAUAAAAUGUCAAAUAAUUCCAGUUCUAGAUUGUAUUUCCUUCAUCAACAACAACCACUUUUUUUUUCUACCAGGGAGCAUCAGGAGUGCUGCAAUACAUCUAAUACGGGCAGCUCCUGUAAACUGUAAAUUAAACACCACAAACAAGAUGUACAGACAUGCACUUCUAGCAACAAAAACCUCUGAAAAAUUCAAUAGAAUAGCUGUACACAGCUGUAACAAUGCUUAACAAAAACUUGUUCUUUGACAAAUGGCAUGCUUGCAAGUCUAGUGCAUGAGCUGGAAUAAAAUAGUAUAGGACAUCCGUGGUCUAAAGCACCAUUUAAAUUGUAACAAAAAUCGAAAAAUAAGAAAGAAAUAAACUAUAGCUUCAGUGUUGCUGUGGGCCAUAUAACAAUCUGUGUGGCAGUUUAGGUUUUUGGGGUAUAACGAUGUGGCCUUGGCUUUGCCCUCCCAUUUCAAAU